AUGCCAGGGAAUUGUGAAACACUUUCAGGAGCCAGUGACCUUCGAGGAUGUGACUGUGAACUUCACCUCAGGAGAGUGGACUUCAUUGGACUCCAGUCAGAAGAAGCUCUACAGGAAUGUGAUGAAGGAAACGUUUCUGAACCUGAUCUCCAUAGAAGGCAGGUGGUUGAGAAAGACUAUGGAUAUGAACACGAGAAUCAUCGUGAUGGGAACCAGGAACCUAUUCCAGAGACUAUGGUCAGUAAAGACAAGCCUCCUGCCAAAUCAGCAAAUGUGAACACACUACAUGGAAGGAAUGCCAUUGGGAACUCAUCCUCGCAAGUGUAUCUCAGAGACGACACUAGAGGGAAAGGAUCUCAAAGUCAGGAAACUGUGACGAAGGCUUUUAUACAUCAGAAAGGUCUGAAAAACAGUCCUUUGGAAUCACCUCCGGUACUUCAAACUUCGAGAGAGAAACCUUAUAAAAGCCAACACUGUGAGGAAGUGGGUAGCAGCCUUCCUUCUCCUCAGUCUCAUGAGAGAACACAAAGCGGAGAUAAACUCAACCAGACCAUACUAAGGAGGUGCACAGAUGACCAGAAAGGCGAUGGACGCCGGACAGAAUUGAAACCAUAUGAGCGUAAGGACUGUGAAGAAGUCGUCAUCCAGCCUUUUUUAUGUACUUAAAUCUCAUAUAAGAAAUAAACUCUAUACAGAGAAACCCUGUCUCAAAAAAACAAGGAAAGAGAGAAAGAAAGAAAGAAAGAAAGAAAGAAAGAAAGAAAGGAAGGAAGGAAGGAAGGAAGGAAGGAAGGAAGGAAGAAAAAAAGGAAGGAAGAAAAAGAAGAAGAAAUAAACUAAAUACUUUCCUGAAGUUAGUCCAGAACAGUUUGAAAAUGAACAGCUUAAAAGAAGUACGGUCAAAUUCAAGCAUUUUUACCUUUGGCCCAUUCCUACACAGGAGUUUCACUUUGCAUUAUAUUUUUAUUAGGAAGGCAGUGUGUGGUUUCUAUGGUUACUCCAGCUUACCUUUUCCCAUCUGAAAAUUUGAGGGUAGGACUGAAGAGAAGAGAAGAGAGAUUUAUCUUUGUGAGUCUGGGUUAACAUAAUUGUUUUCUAGUCGAUUCCAUCUGCCAAACCAUUUUCUGAUUUAAGAUUUCUUUCUAUCUGAAUAGUAUUCCAUUGAUAAUUGGGAAGGGUCUAGAGAGUGGAAUUGCUGAGGGUGAAUGGCAUGAGGGGAAAAUGGCAGAAGUAUGAAGGGGGAGAUUUUUAGUUGGGCAUGAGGAAGGUCAACAAGGAGAGGGAAGAAGAGCAAACACAUGUUAUUUGAUAAUCCUCAAUGAGUUGUUAUCUUGCACAUACCUAAAGUUAUUAUAUAUAACACAUAAAUGUAUGAAUAAAGAUCACACUGAUCCAUGUUAGCUCUUUGUGGCUCUAACUUUCAUAUCACAAAUGUAAACUCUUGGCUACUGCUCAUUGCUGUUCUCACCUGCCAUGAUAAUCAUGGGCUCUAACCUCUGGAACCAUGAGUGCCAAUAAAUCAUUAUUUUUUUCAUCA